CUGCCAAGCAGCUACAGGGGCGCACAGAAGGCACGGAUCGCUGUGCGACAGAAAUUUUCAGCCUGAAUCUGGCUGGGAUUUUGCUCCAGUUAUUGAAGGAACUUUUUGGUUUUGAUACGCUGACGGAUUUAAAGACAGUCAGAGGGCACUAUAACGAGGGACAUGUGGGGCUUCUGGAUGCGCCAUGGACAAGUUUUGCGCCACUUGCAAGUGUGGCACAAAACAGGCGCUUUUUAAACUGGUACUAGUUUGAGUAACUUUAGGAUCAAUCCCCCUGAUAUGGCAUGUUUCCUGCGUUGUGUCCCCAUGCUCAGGAUUGCGACCCAUGGGAUGUAGUAAAUGGAGAACUGCGUUCAACUUUGGACACCUGAAGGUGCAGUCCAAGCUGUCUGUCUUUUUUACCAUGAUUAUUCUCUUCAUUUACCUCUUUUACUGCCUCAACGGUUACUGUGACUCACUACCCAGACCUGUGUAUGACCAGCAAAGUAAUCUUCAAAACAAAAUUAUCUUGAAAGAUGGACAAGAAACGGAGCAGCUCGGCGCGUAUAACGCGCCUCCGGUCUCGUUUGUCCGGGAACAGCUGUCGGACUUGACGAACAGCGAUUCUACGUCCAACAAUAUUUCUAUAGCCAAUAACUUUGGCAGCAAAAAAUUCCCUCAGGCCAUCAUCAUCGGGGUGAAAAAAGGUGGCACUCGGGCUCUCCUGGAGUUUUUGCGCAUCCAUCCAGACGUGAGAGCCGUGGGCGCUGAGCCGCACUUCUUCGAUCGCUUCUACGAGAAGGGACUGGAAUGGUACAGGAACCUGAUGCCUCGUACUCUGGAAGGUCAGAUAACCAUGGAGAAAACCCCGAGUUACUUCAUCACCAAAGAAGCUCCUCGUCGUGUCUUCUCCAUGAGCCGCCACACCAGGCUCAUUGUGGUGGUGAGAGACCCUGUGACGCGUGCUGUUUCUGAUUACACGCAGACUCUGUCCAAGUCUCCCGGGCUCCCGUCCUUCCAGAACCUGGCCUUCCGUAAUGCCACCACAGGCCUCAUCGACACGUCUUGGAGCGCCGUGCGCAUCGGCAUCUACGCAAAACAUCUAGAGAACUGGCUGCGCUACUUUCCACUCUCACGCUUCCUUUUUGUCAGCGGUGAACGCCUUGUAACAGACCCAGCAGGCGAGAUGGGUCGGGUCCAGGACUUUCUAGGACUCAAGCGUGUGGUCACAGAUAAACACUUCUACUUCAACCAGACCAAAGGUUUCCCCUGCCUAAAGAAGCCUGAGGGGAGCAGCAGGCCACGCUGCCUGGGGAAGUCCAAGGGGAGGCCUCAUCCCCAGAUACCCUCUGAGGUCCUGCUCAGGCUCAGAGACUUCUACAGACCUUUUAAUCUUAAAUUCUACCAAAUGACUGGCCACGACUUUGGCUGGGAGUAAAUGGCAACUCACCAAAGCCCUUAAAAACUGCCAGUUUUAUUCACCAACAAUUAAACACAGGCAGGGAUAUUAUGUGUUCUAUUGUUUGUCGCCAAAUGUUCUGCUGUGCAUAACAUGCCUUUCUUUCAUUUCCUAAGCUAUGAUAUCUGAAUCCCAACACAUAUAGGAGCCUUCACCUUGGUUUAUAACAACUACGCUGACCAAAUUUAGAAGAGCUUCAAUCCUUUGAGGUGCUUUAACAAGCAUUUUUUAACAAAGACUUGUGUAAAUGGCUUGUUUUGUGCUCAUACUGACAAGCACAAGCCAAACUAGAGCAUACUGCUUAUUCACUUAAGUCGGGGCGUCAAACGCUUGGCACCCCAAGAGCUGCACGUAAUGUAUGUCAAGCUGUCAUUGCUGUCCAAAGUAAUGACACACCCAAAGUUAAACCAAAAAGAAAAGAGAUAACAAGCUUCAGCAGGUAAACAAAGCUACGGUAAACCAAACGACAGCAAUGAAAAAACUAAUAUGUGCACACUGGUACAAUCAUAAUAAAUGCAAACGGGUGGUUCACACAGAAGUUGAUCAUUCAGAAACAGUUGCAUCAAAUCAGCAUUUCAUACUUCUUUUAUGGACUUUUAUUUCUUUUUUUAAUAUAAGAUGUAGCAAGGAUUAUAUACCUGGUUCUGAUGAAGAGAGGUACCAAACAUAGUCCACUACGUGCUGUAAAUUUGCAGUUAUUUAUGUCAUUAUUGUAAUGAGUGCAUAUUUACAGACUGGAAAGGAAUGUUUACAGCCAGUAAACCUGUGACUGUUUUCCACUUCAUUUGAUUAACACUUAUCGUUUCAAAUGGUACAGUGCUUACAUGUAAUUGUGUAUUUCUAAAAGUCUAAUUUAUAAG